AUGCAACGGGAUGAAGCCUGCGCCAACGCGGCCAAGAAGCAGCGCCUCCUACACAGACAGCAGUGGAAGAGUCUGAACACGUCACAACCCCCAGUAAAACCCUCCAGUCCCUCAUCUAUACCCAAGGUGCGCGCCUCGUCAAGCCUACUGCCUACACAUGCCCAGUGGGGGGGCCAGCACCCGCGUCUGACCCAGGUGUCACCAACCCCUGUGAUUCAACCAGCACCGAGUGCACAACCGAAGCCUGCGGAAUACCACACGCCUGCUCCGGUGAAGCAAGAUUCACCCCUGCAGAAACCUGUACACCAGGUAAGGUCGCCGACGACUCCCGCACCCGCACCCGCACCCACAACCUCCCCCUCUCCCUGCCGCGUUGAACAGCUGGAGCUGGGGCUGACGGAGCUUACCUCUCGCGUAACCGCACUGACAUCCCUCGUUGAGAUGCAACAAAAACGUAUCGAGGCACAAGACCAACGUACUUCCAACCUCGAGACGCUCAUUUCAAACCUCACACAGUCCCUUGACAAUCUGAACUCCACCAUAAACAAAGCAUUUAAUGACGCCCCAGGCCCUAUGGAAGACAAGAACCACCCCUUCAAGCGCACCCACCCCAUACCCGCUGCGUCAGUAGGCCUAGCCCCCAAAAUUAAGCCCGCCACCCUUCUCGCUCCACCUAACCCUUCCAAUAACAAGCAUCAUGGCGAUCACAAUAAUUCAGUGGAACUGCCGUAG